GCUCGCGGGAUGAAGGAGGCGGAGGAACGUGUCGGGAGCGCGCUAUUGAUGACCUCACGCUAGAAUGCGGGCCGCGUGAAAGUACGACCGCUCUGAUUGGUCGCUCAGGUCACAGCGGCACUUCAAAGCCUGAGCAGAGCCUACAAUUGUGCUGGAAUGGGCGGACCACAUCAUUGUAUUGCACACCUCUAAAAAAACAGCGCUCUAAUUCAUAAAUAUAAAAAAGAUCCUCUGAGGAGGGCACUUUUGUGAUGGCAACUUCACUUCUAGGGGAGGAGCCGCGAUUAGGUUCGACACCUUUAGCCAUGCUGGCUGCGACGUGCAACAAAAUCGGGUGCCCUUCUCCAUCCGCGAUCUCGGAUAACACGACGUCCUUUGGCAAGGGAUUUCACCCGUGGAAGCGCGCCACGGCUAGCAGCUGCAGCCUGGGCUCGGGUUUAUCCUCCAGCUUCGGCGUGACCAGAAACGGUGGCGCUCUGGCGGACUCGUUCGGGGCGAGUGGCACAACGGCGUCCAGCGCCUUUUCCCUGACACCGGGCGCCUCCUCCAACUCCCAUCUCGGGAACGACUAUCCCGUGUUCCAGCCCCCGGCGUCAAGCGCCUCUCAGGAUGCCGGCCAUCAGCCCGUGUUCAUCUCCAAAGUGCACGCCAGCGUAGACGGCUUGCAGGGCAUCUACCCGCGCAUGAGCGUUGCGCACCCGUACGAGUCGUGGUUCAAGUCGUCGCACGCGGGACUGCCUGCGGGCGAUGUUGGUGCCACAAGCGCUUCCGCCUGGUGGGACGUUGGCGCGGGAUGGAUCGACGUUCAGAACGCGAACGGUGCCGCCGCGCUGCAGACCCCGCUGCACUCAGGAGGACUCCAAUCGUCUUUGCAUUCGCCGCUGGGCGGCUAUAACUCGGACUACUCCGGUUUGAGUCACUCUGCUUUUAGCACAAGCGCGUCGCCACACCUGCUGACCGGCGGCCAGCAUAUCAUGGACGGCUUUAAGCCUGUGCUCUCUUCCUACCCGGACUCGAGCCCAUCUCCCCUGGGCGGCGCAGGAGGUGCCAUGCUGAGCGCGGCCCCGUCUGCCUCACUAGCCGGCUCGCCCAGGUCGUCAGCGCGCUACUCGGGCCGUGCCACGUGCGACUGCCCUAACUGCCAGGAGGCAGAACGUCUGGGACCUGCGGGUGCCAGCUUGCGCCGUAAAGGCCUUCACAGCUGCCACAUCCCCGGUUGCGGCAAAGUGUACGGCAAGACGUCGCACCUGAAAGCGCACCUGCGGUGGCACACAGGCGAGAGGCCCUUCGUGUGCAACUGGCUGUUCUGCGGCAAGCGCUUCACGCGCUCCGACGAGCUCCAGCGGCAUCUGCGCACGCACACGGGCGAGAAGCGCUUUGCGUGCCCCGUGUGCAACAAGCGCUUCAUGCGCAGCGACCACCUGAGCAAACACGUUAAGACCCACAGCGCAGGCGGCUCCGCGGGGUCAGGCUCCGGCGGCAGCGGCGGAAAAAGGGGCAGUGACACCGACAGCGAGCACAGCGGGCCUGGGAGCCCGUCAUGUAAUUCCCCCGACCUGCUGCAGACCACCGAGGCACUUCCACAGAAUAUGAACGGCCGCGCCAACUCCCUCGAUUAAAAGUGCUUAAGACCACUCUGGAUUGGAAGCGGCAGGGUUCAUGACCUUCACAAACAAGGUCCUGACGUUUACUUAGAAAAAAAUAAAGAACAACAGAGGAGCCAGUUUCACUUCAUAACGUUGUCAAAACAUAAAGUUGUGGUAACGUGAAAAAAAAAAAAAAGUCAGCACUGGCCCGGACAUAACCCUGUCACACAGUCGCAGGAAAGAAGAUAAAAACUUUUGAGGAAAAUCUGGGCACAAGGCGAAUUUGCUCCAAAGGCCCAUUUUGAAUGGAUUCGUUUCGGAUACCGUCGAAUUCGUUUAAUCGAAGUGUUGAAAUGUCAAUCAAUGAAAGGGUCAGCAAUGUUUCGCUUCUGUUCUGUUUCCUCAAAAUAAAACAGUGGCACUUUAUUCAUGAACACUCCUAAAAAUUUCACGUGGUAACACGAAUUAAGAAUACACCAGUGUAAUGUUGCCAAGUCUUUUGUUCAAAUUAAUUUCUUUAAUGUUGAAAAAAUAGCAUAGCAUAUAUGUCGCACAUUGGUCUUUAUUCAGGAAAAAUACAAAAGCUGACAAUAUUUGUAUGAAAUUUACUUAUUUGCUAUUGCUGAAAGACGAAUGUACAUAUUGAAACUGUAUAGAAUAGUUUAGAGGAUUACAUACCUGUGUAAAAGUUUGGGUAACGUAUUGUCCGAGAUACAAUUUUGUAUAGUAGCUAUUUUUAGUUGCAUAUUGACUCUAGUAAAUAUAUUAAAUUGUAUGGGAGUGCAUUUUUGUCGUCAUAUUUAUCCAUUAAUUGGACUUCUUUUUUUUUUUUUUUACAACUGAAUUAUAUUUUGCGGUCCAACAGAUUCGCACCUUUAAACUGUAAAACUGAAAAACCGAAAUGAAUUCGCUGUUAAAUCGGGUUUUAUCAUUUAUGUCAGCAUGCACAUGUGAGGGAAACACUCAUUUCUCUAGCGUUUUUUCCUAAAAAAAAAACAUGCCUCUCUUUCUCAAAGCCACUCAAUAAAGGCAACGAGUUCAGUUUCCUAUCAA